AAUAAUGGUCAAAAAUAGAUUAGAACACUUAUUGGAAUCAAAUAACAUACUAAACCCCUUCCAGUCUGGCUUUAGGAAGGGGCGAUCUACUCUUGAUCAGCUAGCUAGAUUACAACAUGAUAUUCUUUCUGCAAAAAAUCAAGGGCAAUCAGUAUUAGCAAUUUUUUUGGACCUUCAGGCUGCCUUUGAUUUAACAUGGACCUUCGGCAUACUAAAAAAGCUAGCUGACUAUGGAAUCACUGGAUACUGUUUCCACUACCUCAGAGCAUUCCUAGAGGGCCGUAAAAUCCAGGUCAGGGUCGAUGGGGAGUUAUCAGAGGUAGCCAUAACUGAUCGCGGAACCCCUCAGGGGUCCGUAAUAUCCCCAACUCUGUUCUCCCUCAUCGUAAACGGUCUACCUGAUGCCGUAAAAGACUCAGGAAUGGUUAUCUCCCAGUUUGCCGAUGACUCAGGCACUUGGUUAAAGGGGUCUAACAUGUUACGCCUGCAAAAGAGGGCUCAAGCAGGCUUAGACUCCAUAUGGAAAUGGGCAAUUAAAUGGGGAUUCAAAAUUUCUCCAACCAAAACAGUAGGAGUACUAUUUGGCGAACAAUUUCAGCACUCUUUGGACUUAAAUUUAGGCGGCACCAAAAUUAUCUUUGAAAAAGUGGUGAAAUUUCUAGGUAUGUACCUAGAUAAACAGUUAACUUUUACUCACCACUUUAAAUAUUUGGCAGAAAGGUGCGAAAGGGACCUAAAUUUAAUGAGAAUGUUAAGAGGCACAGGUUUCGGAUCAGAUAAAAAUAGCCUCUUAACACUCUACAAGUCCCUUAUACGUCCAAAGCUAGAUUAUGGAGCCCAAAUCUAUGCAUGUGCUAAGCCAAACGCCCUAAAAAUGGUUGAUGCCAUUCAACACAAGGCCCUAAGGAUAGCUCUGAGAGCCCUAAACUGUACACCGGGUGCACUGCUAGAGGAGGAGGCCGGUGUGUUACCUCUUGACUUGCGUAGAAAACAACAGUCCCUCAAUUUCUGGGCCAGGGUUAAGUCUCGGCAUGGUUCAAACCCCGUAAACAAACUUGUCGGGACUGGCACCUUCGUCAAGGGGAAAAUACUUAAGCGUAAGCAUGUCGCCCUACCUUUUGGUGCGAGUAUUAGGACCCUGGUUGAGGAUGCCGGUCUCGACAAGGUACAUGUAGCAGACCUGAGGCCCUCCAAGGCCCCCCCCUGGACGCUUGGACCCAUUGAUGUUGACCUAUCACUCUCUAAUAAAAUAACGAAAACUGACUUGCCACAACUCAUCAAGUCAGAAGCUCUCUUUCUUAUAGAUAAUAUGUAUGCUGAGCAUCUAAAAAUCUACACUGACGGCUCCAAAUGCCCUAACUCUGGUUUGGUAGCCAACUCUUUUGUAAUCCCUUCAAAAAACAUUAGUAAAACGCACAGGCUCAGCAACAAUCUCUCUAUUUUUACAGCAGAACUUUUGGCAAUUAAAUUCUCUCUGUGCUGGAUAUUGGUCAAUAAACCUACUAAAACUGCUAUUUUAUCAGACUCAAUGUCAUCUCUUGAGUCCAUAAAAAACAGAAAUAGCAGAUCUAGGCCUGAUAUUUUAGCUAGCAUUUUGGAACUUCAUCAACAGUGCCUAGAUAAAUCUUUAAAGGUCACAUUAGUAUGGUGUCCAGCACAUGUCAACAUCAGUGGGAAUGAACAGGCCGACAGGGGGGCCAAAGAGGGCCUCUUGAGGGGGGCCGUAGAUGUUGGGGAACCCCUGGCACCUUCUGAGAUCUACUCCCUGACAAAGAAAUUUGUUUUGGGCGAGUGGAAUCUCCGGACCGACAAUUUGUCUUCCCGUCGACAUACUUUUACUAGACCUGCGAAAACCCUCAGGCCGCCUGACAGAUACUCAGCAAGCAUUGUGCUUGACAGAGCCAUCACGCGCCUGAGGAUGGGAACCACCCUAUUACCCGGUGGCGCAGGAAAGUAUGUCCUCGGUAUAGACCCUGCAUGUCCUAGGUGUCAGGAACCUCUCACUGCGCCCCACAUGCUGCUACACUGUCCUAACCAUAAGGCGCAGAGGGACCACCUCGAAGCUGCAUUGCACUCCCAUGGACUAGUUUUUAACCUUACCAACGUGCUAGACCCCAAGGGAGCAGCUAGGGGCCCGGUCUUCUCUGCCCUCGCCAAAUACUUACUAGAUUGUCAGAUAACUGACAAAAUCUAGGUCAUUGGGGGAGGGAGAGCAGCCAACACCCACCUAAUUAUACAGUCUUGUGACUGUUUUCUUUUAAAAAUGUGUAAUCUCUGCACAAACCUGAUGUAAUCAAAUAAUUGUGUUGGAUUUGUGUCGCUUUUACACAACCUUUAUUUUAGUUUUUAAUGGGUUUAUUGUUCUACCCCGCCCUUUCUAAAUCAGGCCAAUGGCAUUGACCUGGUCUUCUUUAUUUUAAUUCAUUUUUUAUGAGAGCAUGACGUUAGUCCUCCAUUUACAUUUUUCAGUCUUUUAAUAUAAUCAUAUUUUAUGGCAUUUCUUACUACAAGAAAGGACGAGGCUGUCCAGUAACCUGGGAUUGUUGGCUGCAUUGCACCCCCUCCCUUCCUCUUUGACACCCCACCCUUUCCCCUUCAAACUCGAAGAACCAUG